AUGCUAUAUAAACUUUCACUGAGCAACUGUGAAUCGUUUUCAUCAUGUUUUGAAUGUAUUUCAAGUUAUGAUCCUUUAUGUGGUUGGUGUUUGUUGGAAGGUAAAUGUAUACGUCGUAAUUCAUGUCAGUCUGAUUCUAUCGUUAAUAUUUGUCCAUUAUACAACUUAUCAACGAUUCCUUCGAAUAUAUCUGUGGAUGAUUCACAAACAAAAAUAUUUCUUCCGCUUGGUGAUUUCAGUCAAUUCGAAGAAAAUGAAUUUAUUUGCAAGUAUGACGAAGAAAUUUCAAGUGGGCAGUGGUCAGAUACAGGAAUCAUCUGUGCAACACCGAAAAAUCAAUUAAAGAUUCCAUCGGAUAGCUUAAUUGUGGAUAUUAAUGUAUUUUAUUCCACCUAUAAUACUGUUCGCAUUGUUUAUCAUCAAAAUGGAGUUGUCGAUGGUGUUCAAAAGAUAAAAGAUGUAUUCCGAAUAAGAAUUCUUGCUCCAAUGUAA